AUGGUGAAAUUGAGAUUGACGAAGACGGUAAAUGAGAAGUUGAACUCGAUCUUAAAAAAUUAUCGAUCAGAACUACCAAGUGAACUUCUUAUAAGGCUUCAACCUCAAGAUCUCGAUACUCCCUCAUCAGAUAUCGAAGGGAUUCAUUGGAUACAUCAUUCUACUCUUGCGGAUCUCAUUAGUUUAAUUCGCAUAUGUGAUAGAAAAGCAGGCCGUCAAUGCCAGUGGUCUUUGGCUGAAUUGCUCAAAGGCGUAGAUAUUUAUACAUGCCCAAAACCUAUUCGUCAUGGAUCAAUAGAACUAGAAAAGAUAUUAAGUAAUAUCAAAUUAAAUCAAGAAACAGAUGAUACGAACGAAUGA